AUGCAUUUCUGGAGUCUUGCCCAGCAACUUGCCUCCUUGUUGCUCACGCUAUUUAUUCUACUAAUGCGGGCGAUUGCGCUCUUCUUUGGUCUUACACCCGUCCUGGUCAUAAGCAUUUCCGAGCUGCGUGGCGCCUACCUGACCUACGUGCGGGCCAGUCAAGGCGAGUCGCCCAAGCAAGCUGCAUCACAUGCUCGCCCCCUGCGACCAACUGGACAGGAGUCGCACGCCACAGUCGCCUCAUCUGUGUACACGAACGAUGCGUCGCAGCUACAGCAGCGCGUUACGACCAACGCGCCAUAG